UAGUUCCUUUACCCCCGCACCCACCGGGACUUAUUUGGUUAACGUACCUGAGAGCAAUGGUCCUCAGUGGGGCGCUGGUCCUGGGGCUGCACACCUUGAUGACCCUCCUGAGACCCGGGGGAGCUGGGGACAUCAAAGCUGACCACAUGGGCUCCUAUGGGCCAGCCUUCUACCAGUCCUACGGUGCCUCGGGGCAGUUCACCCAUGAGUUCGACGGGGAACAGCUGUUCUCUGUGGACCUGAAGAAGAGGGAGGCUGUGUGGCGCCUGCCUGAGUUUGGCGACUUCACCCACUUUGACCCGCAGGGGGGGCUGGCCAGCAUUGCAGUGAUCAGAGCCCACCUGGACGUGUUGGUGAACCGCUCCAACCGCACCCGAGCCACCAACGUGCCUCCACGGGUGACCAUACUCCCCAAGUCUCACGUGGAGCUGGGCCAGCCCAACGUCCUCAUCUGCAUCGUGGGCAACAUCUUCCCCCCUGUGAUCAAUGUCACCUGGCUGCGCAAUGGUCAAACAGUCACCGAGGGCGUGGCCCAGACCAGCUUCUAUUCCCAGCCUGACCACUUGUUCCGCAAGUUCCACUACCUGCCCUUCGUGCCCGCGGCCGACGAUGUGUACGACUGCCGGGUGGAGCACUGGGGCCUGGACGGGCCGCUCCUCGGGCACUGGGAGCCCCAGGUGCCUCCCCUGCCGCCAGACGCCACAGAGACCCUGGUCUGUGCCCUGGGCCUGGCCACUGGCCUGGUGGGCAUCAUCCUCGUCAUCACAGGCACACGUUUGUCCAGUGCCCCCAGGUAAUGACUCCUCUGAGAGAAAUGGAUUGUGGGAGACUCCUAUGGAUUCUUCGAAGUUUCUGGCAGCCCUUGCAUGCUCCCUGCCACGGUCCUGGUACACCGCCCCGGUGCUGACUUUGAAUGGGAUCAACCUGUGUCCCAUAGGUCUGCUCCUGCUUGUCCCCAGUACUCAUGGCAGGAAUUGUGAGGACACCAACUAGAAACUCUUCCCGCCCCCAACACACACACAUGCACUCACACAUAUACAUGCAUACACACACAUGCACACAUACAUGCAUUCACACACACACACACCUGCACACACACUUUUUUGCUCUACCCAAAGCUCUGGCUAGCAGCAAUAAAUUCAGUAGUGAUGUUUGCACUGUAUCCUUUUACCAGUUCUUGGCCAAUUCUCUCAGGGUGUGAGGAAUGCUAGGACUUGGAAGAGGGGAUUCUGGGUGCUGACCACUGAGCAUGGCCUCCUGGUACUGGGGAUUGGCAGUUACCCGCAGGCUGGUCCAGCUAUGACUUGCUUCAUUUGACUCAUCAGUUCAGGGCCCACUGUGUGUCACUUGUAAAUGGGCUAUUUCACAAGGACUUCAAGACCUUUGCCUCCAGAAUUCAGAUUCCCCUGAAAGGGAUGCAGAGACUCUGUUCGUUGCAAUGCCCACAAACCAACACCAGUUCCGAAGGGCACGGGGAGAGCAAAGGUUCAUGAGAAUUCCAUUCUUGUCCAGAUUCACUCUGUGAGGAAGGGGCCACUGGUGUCUCGCCAUGGUCUACAGCGUUAUCUUCUUUUUCUGCAUUCCCUAAAGAGUCAUAUGCUUGACACAGAGUGUCCUGAGGCGGGACUCAGACGGCUACUUCCUCAACCUGGGUCACGCAUAUCAGUUAGGAGGGGAGCAGAGCAAAUGGCAGGCGUCUGGUAAGGGGGUUAGUCUAAGAGAGAUCCACUUGAACACUCUAAAUGGUGGUCUGGAAGAUGUUGGUUUACUGUGAACGAAAUAAAAAGUACACACCGAGAGAUCAGUAACCAUCCCAACUAGUUUACGUGCAGUAUCGAAUGAGUAGUAUGGAGUGGUGGUUUCACACCAGAGUGAACAUAAGAGAAUCACUUAGGAGCCCUUUAAAAAGUGCAGGCUCCACCCAGACCUGC